AUGGCCAAGCGCUUCCCGUGGCGAAGUCAAAGUGGACCAGCUAGGUCAAGGUCUAACUUGUCCCCAAAGCAUGGCAGGGAACAACGUCGAUUCUCAUCAAGCAACAAAAGACAUCAAGUAUCUGACUUGUUCCAGUACACAUCUGGUCGGUGGAUGUACAAUGACGCCCUUCGCCACGCAGAGAGACGACGGACGUUCAACGUUCCCGAGCUGAAGCGCCUCGCCGCACAGUCCGUCCAGCAUCGCGAAGAAGACGUGGUCGACCUCGUGAAGCUUGCUGAAGGAGGCUUCAAUCGAAGCUUCCUCAUCACAUUGCAGAAUGGGCGUCAACUAGUCGCGCGGAUUCCCUACCCAGUCACCGAGCCCAAGGCCCUGGUGAUAGCAAGCGAGGUUGCAACGAUGGACUUUGUCCGCUCUCAUGGCAUACCCGUCCCUAAGAUAUUUGACUACGCUAUCAGGGAAGAUAAUGCAGCAGGUACUGAGUAUAUCUUCAUGGAAUAUGUUCAGGGUAUUAAUUUGGGCGACAUCUGGUUUACUCUAACGAGGAAACAGAGGGAGAAAAUUGUGACCAGUUUGGUAGAGCUGGAAUCGAGACUGUUUGCGCUGCAGUUUCCUGCUUCUGGCAGUCUAUUUUACUCAAGAGAUUUAGCAGACAACAUUCCGCGAGUACCUCCGCGAGUACCUCCGCGACGAGAAGACACGGAUACUUGGAAGGAUUUCUGCAUUGGUCCUGAUAUGUCGCUUGGGAUGUGGUAUGGAAGGCGACUGGGGCUAUUAGUUGACCGUGGUCCUUACAACGACAGUUUAUCAGCACUCACAGCCGGUGCCAAAAAAGAGAUUGCAUAUCUCACAAAAUACGGACGGCCAAUCCAGCCAUUGCAACGGCUCAGGAGGGAGUUGUAUGACUACAAAGAACAGUCUCACCUCGAGCAUCUAGCGACCUUGAACACCUUUUUACAAGCCGCUCCUCACCUUAUUCCAAACGAGAAUCCAACCCUUCAGCGCCCAGUCAUUCGGCAUCCCGAUCUACAACCAAACAACGUAUUCGUGACCCCAGACUUGGAAAUCAGUAGUGUGAUCGACUGGCAGCACGCGUCAAUUCUUCCCCUCUUCCUUCAGUGUGGCGUUCCGAAUAGUCUCCAAAAUUACGGCGACCCAGUGUCGGAAACCCUACAGGUCCCUGCUGUACCCAACUUUGAUGACCUAGGCGAGGAAGACCAGUACCAUGUGGUCGAGAUUUUUCGCAAGCGACAUCUUCACUAUCUCUAUUUCGCGAAAACCGCAGCUUUGAACAGGACUCACCAUGAAGCCUUGAGCUACCCUUUGAGUAUCCUCCGCCGGCGCCUUUUCCGACAUGCGAGCGAGCUCUGGGAGGGUGACAACAUUACAUUAAAGGCCGAUCUGGUCAGGAUGUCGAGAGAGUGGACGAAAUUAGAUAUCUACGAGACCGUGCCUUAUCCAAAAACAUACUCAGAAGAAGAGUCGGCAGAAUACCUCCGGCUGGACCAUGCACAAGUUGAAGCAGACGAACAGCUUCAAACAUGUCAGGAUAUUGUUGGGGUUGGGAGUGAGGGAUGGGUUCCGCUCGAAAACUACAACGAGGCAAAACAGCGCGAGAGAAAGCUCAAGGCUGACGCCCUGGAGGCCGUUGAGUCGGAGGAGGAGAGGAUGCGUCUGGAGCAGAAUUGGAUUUUUGAUGACUUUCCAGAGGACGAGUACUUGUGA